AUAUGAGUAUGUUGUUAAGCUGCAUGUGAAAUUCGCAUGGACGUAAAUAUUCAAUGGAUGACAUACAAGAUAAAGGGACAUUAAAGAUAUUCCUGAAUCAGCAGACUUAUCUAUUCAUUCUAAGGACAGUCACUGUGCAUGUUUGCAUGUUUGUUUUUUGUAUUUUUGUUGAUUCAUCCAAUUUUUGUAUAUUCUCGCAGGAGAAAAAGACAUCAGAUGCAAAAUGGACCCAUCUAAUGGUUUGAAUCAGCCACUGGAAAUCGUGCCCAACACUGAGGAGAAGAUGAAGGACAGAGGCCAGUGGAAAAACAAGCUGGAGUUUGUGCUUUCUGUGGCUGGAGAAAUCAUUGGACUGGGCAAUGUGUGGCGCUUCCCGUACCUCUGUUAUAAGAAUGGAGGGGGUGCCUUUUUUAUCCCGUACCUGAUUUUUCUUGCCACCUGUGGAAUUCCUGUGUUCUUUCUGGAGACAGCAUUGGGACAGUACACCACUGAAGGGGGGGUAACUUGCUGGAGGAAAAUUAGCCCCCUGUUUGAAGGUAUUGGCUAUGCCACUCAAGUCAUAGUGGCCUUGCUGAAUAUAUAUUACAUUGUUGUUCUGGCAUGGGGAAUCUUUUAUCUGUCCUUCUCCUUCUCCUGGAACUUGCCAUGGUCCUCCUGCAACAAUACCUGGAACACAGACGCUUGCAUGGAAUUUCAGCGAAGGAAUGACUCCAUCGACCAAAGUCAUCUAGAAAAUGUAACUUCCCCUGUCAUUGAAUUUUGGGAGAGAAGAGUACUUCGGAUAUCCUCUGGUAUUGAUGAGAUUGGAAGUCUGCACUGGGACAUGGCUCUCUGUCUGCUUCUUGCCUGGAUCCUGUGCUACUUCUGCAUUUGGAAGGGUGUCAAGUCCACUGGCAAGGUAGUUUAUUUCACUGCAACCUUCCCAUACGUGAUGCUGCUGAUUCUGCUUAUUAGAGGCGUGACUCUUCCAGGAGCUUCACGAGGCAUCCAGUUCUAUCUUUACCCUGACCUGGGACGCUUAGCAGACCCACAGGUAUGGAUGGAUGCAGGGACACAGAUCUUCUUCUCCUAUGCUAUAUGCCUUGGCUGCUUGACAGCGCUGGGUAGCUACAACAAAUAUAACAACAACUGCUACAGAGAUUGUGUGGCAUUGUGCUUUCUGAACAGCGGUACAAGUUUUGUAGCUGGAUUUGCUAUCUUCUCAAUUCUGGGUUUUAUGUCUUUUGAGCAGAAUGUCCCUAUUUCUGAGGUAGCAGAAUCAGGUCCUGGACUGGCUUUCAUAGCUUAUCCUCGAGCUGUAUCCAUGAUGCCCUUCUCUCCACUGUGGGCCUGUUUCUUUUUCAUUAUGGUUGUGCUGCUUGGCCUGGACAGUCAGUUUGUGUGUGUGGAGAGUCUGGUGACAGCAGUGGUUGACAUGUACCCAUCAGUGUUCCGGCGUAAAAACCGCAGAGAACUCCUCAUCCUUGUUGUGGCCCUCAUUUCUUUUUUCAUGGGCCUAAUCAUGCUAACAGAGGGUGGAAUGUAUGUCUUUCAACUUUUUGACUACUAUGCAGCCAGUGGGAUGUGCCUCCUCUUUGUGGCCAUUUUUGAGACCAUCUGCAUUGCCUGGAUUUAUGGAGCUGAUCGCUUUUAUGACAAUAUAGAGGACAUGAUUGGAUAUCGACCUGGACCUUACAUAAAGUACUGCUGGUUGGUACUCACCCCAGCUACUUGUUUUGGCACCUUUGCAUUUUCUCUAAUCAAGUAUACUCCACUGAAGUACAACAAUGAGUAUGUAUACCCAUGGUGGGGUUAUGCACUGGGCUGGCUCCUGGCAUUGUCCUCCAUGGUUUGUAUCCCUCUGUGGAUCAUCUAUAAGAUGAGCACAACCAAGGGAACUCUGAGAGAGCGAUUUUACGAGCUAACCACACCAUCCCCUGAUCUGCCCAAAACUAGACAAGAGCAGGAGAAGCUGCAGGCCAUCUUUUCCGCUGAUGGGGACAGUCUUUGCCAGAGAGGAGUUCCUACCAGAGAUGGAUACUUUCCUGUCAGCGAGAAGGAAUCACACUGCUGAAUCCUAUAAUAAUACGGGACAUGACGGAUUACUUCAUGUCUUGUGGUCCUUGGAAGCCUUACAUUCAUACCUCACUAUUUCUGCCAGCCAAAUAACGCAACAGAUGGGAAACUGGGCUUUGGUAAAGGCUCUGUCGCCAUCUGUAGGUACCUUUUUAAAUUUACAUAGACCAUUUAUUUUGUUGGCAAUGUUUUGGCAUUUUGUUAAUGCAGACAGAAUUUGUAAGGUUCUUCCUAUUAAUCAUUUACAUUUUCUAACUAAAAUCCACAACAUAGUUUAACAAUAUGGCAAACAACUAACCUUUGCUUUUUUACCAAACAAAAUUGGAGCAAUAAAGUAUCCCUGAGCAAAAUAAGUGGGUUUUUUUCAUUAAAAACAUAAUUCUAAAGUAUAUAUGAUUUGCACGAUUACAAUUACAAUUAUCAAAUUUAUAUAUUAUAUUAUUUUAACCAUUAUGUUUUAUAAUUUUUUAUAUUAUUAUGUUAAUAUUAUAGGAUAAUAAGGACCAUAGAAACUACUGCACUUUCUAUCUACCUGCACAAACUCUGUCUUAUGACUAAGUAGUAAAGUAGUAAAGUUACUUAAAAUAAUACUUAUGAAAUACUUUGGCAUUUAGUUACUACUAAAUUAAUUGCUGACAAUACAACAACGCAAAUCGAGUCUUUUAUAGUGAAAUCACACUUGUUUGUACCAGUGAGCAACACAAGUAUGCUUGCUAUACAGUAGAAAUGUGGAAUUGUAUGCUUAAAAAAAACUACCUAAAAUAGCAAUGACUGCUGUGUAUUUUUUUAAAAAUCUGGCUACUAUUAAAUAAAUUGCUCGCCGCUUAGGUGGCGCAGUGGUAAAAACACACGCUGGAACCAGAGCUGGAUCUUGAAUACAUUGUAUCGAAUCUCAGCUCUGCCUGCCGGCUAGGUUGAGCGGCCACAUGAACAACGAUUGGCCUGUUGUUCAGAUAUGGGUGGGACUAAGCCGGAUAGGGUCUCUCUCUCUCAUAACUAAUGCAAUUACGACCUCUGCUGGCUGAUUGAUGGCGCCUGCACAGAGAUAAGAAAAGAGUGCUCUCAGGGUGUGUCUUUCUGUACACAGUGCUGAGCUGCACUGCACUCGUCAAAGUGUAGGUGAUAAGAUGCAUACGGCAUGCUGCUCAGGUGUCGGAGGGGGCGUGGGUUAGCUUCGUUCUCCUCAAUCAGGGCAGGGAUCGGCAUUGGUGGAGAGGAAGGAUGACGCAAUCUGGCAUUUGGACGCGGUAAAGGGAGAAAAAGGGGAGAAAAUGCAUUUAAAAAUAAAUAAAUAAAUAAAUUGCUAAUAUUUUAUUAACGUUAAUAAAGACACUGAUACAGAAAUCCAACUGAAGUCAAAGUUAGCUAGCUAGCAUGCUAAAUACUGUAGUUAGUGGUAAGAGUAUACUGCAUUUCAUACUUAAUACUACAUAUUAUGAUAAUGUCAUUGUACUUGUACAAAUCUGACAUAGGCCUACUAUUCAAAUAGUGGUAUCAGGUUUGGGAUACAGGUUGAUUCAAGGUGUGUUGCAACAUUUAAGGAAUUUUCAUUGUCCCGUAUAUAAACUUUAUUUUGUGCUCUUACAAUUUUUUUAGUAAUAGAUAAUAAAUAAAACAAAAGAGAAAAUGCUAGUACUGUAAAUGGAAUAAUGUACUCCUAUUUCACAUUAGUAUAUUAAGCAUAAGUCUUUGGUUGGAACAUUAUGUAGUCAAGUGUCUUGUCUCUGUCAUUGUGCAUGGUCACAUAAUCUCAUUCCAGUGCUAAUAUAAUCUAAUAUAUAUAAUUACAAUUACAAAUAAUAAUAUUAUUAUUAUUACUACUACUGCUACUACUAUUAUUUUUAAACUCCACUGCUAAAACCUCCAGACAUUUAAAAAGCUUAAUAAAACAAACCCAAAUAUUAUUGAACGUACAUUGUAUAUGUCAGUAUUGUUUUCCUUAUUUGUCAGUAUUGUAUUAUCAGAAAUUUGUACUGUUUUUAUUAUGUUAUUUGUUGUCAUAUUUAUAGAUUUCAGAUAAAAAGUCAAAUAUAUAAAAUUUUAGUGCCAAUGUGAAAGACUAUAAUUUAGCUAAUCAAUCAAUUAUGCAAAAUUUUGUUUUUGUGUGUUCACACUUUUAUAGAGAAAGUAUGCCACAGAUAAUGACCAGUUUAAAUGUGUACAGUAUAAUGAUGUUUACACUGUAUUUGAUUUUCUGUUUUUGUUGUUGUUGUUGCUUUUGUCAUUUGGAAAUUUACAAACUUCCCAAUUAAAUAAAUAUUGGACUGAA